AUGGCUCCUCCGUUCCGUGCUGAGCACAUCGGCUCAUUGAUGCGCCCAGCAGACCUACUGGCUGCACGGUCUGCUGCUGGUGUCACAUCUUCAUAUUCACAACUGACCGAAGAGAUCCAAGUUCUUACAGAGAAUGCGAUCGCCGACGUUGUCGCUAAGCAACUCGAGCUUGGUAUUCGCCCAAUCACCUCCGGAGAAUAUGAGCGAGACAAGUUCUAUUCGGGAUUUUUCGAAAAUCUCCAAGGAAUGGAAGUCAUCAAGGAUAUUCCAAUUACCAAGGGCUACCGAACCAACUUUCCAACACUCAGAACGCUGAAGAGUCUUGGAAUCCCGACUCGUGACUCUAUCGUUGCUGUCGAUCGAAUUAGAUACACCCAGUCCCCUUAUCUGUCAGAAUGGAAGGCGUUGCGCGCUCGACUUCCUCAAGAACAGUGGAAGGAUUGCAAAAUGACCAUGCCACCAGUAACCCACAGUCACAUGCAGAUGGCAGUCGGGACUGCUUAUCGUCCAAACGCCUACUCUUCAGACCGCGAAUACUUCAAAGAUCUCGCGGAAGCAUAUGUGGCAGAGUUUCAGGCGCUUUACGACGAAGGGCUGCGGUCAAUUCAAAUCGAUGAUCCGUGUCUCCUUUUCUUCGUGACGGAUGAAUUCCGAGCGGGCUGUGUCGCGGACGGGGUAAAUCCUGAUGAGCUACUCGACGAGUAUAUCUGGGCACACAAUCAGUGUCUACUUGGGAAGCCCGCAGACCUUCACGUUGGGCUGCAUCUUUGCCGUGGUAAUAUGGCCGGUUCAACUCAUAUCAUGAGCGGAUCAUACGAGCGCAUUGCUAAAAAAUUGUUCACCGAGUUGGCAUAUGAUACAUACUACCUUGAAUAUGACACCGACAGGGCUGGUGAUUUUGAACCGUUGCGCCAUUUGCCUAUCGGCAAGAAUGUCAUCUUGGGUGUAGUUUCUACCAAGUCUCCCGAGCUGGAGGAUAUGAACGAACUCGUUACCCGUGUUCAUUCUGCAGCGGAGGUCAUAGCUCGUGGACAGGGCCGGAGUGUGGCUGAAGUGUUGGAAUCGUCUCUCGGGGUCAGUCCACAAUGCGGAUUUGCCAGUAUGAGCUCCGGAGGGGGUUGUGGAAUGACGAUGGAUAUCAUGUGGAAGAAACUACUCUUGGUUGAACAACUGGCCAAACAGAUCUGGGGUUAA